UCAUAUGACCCCCACGAUGGCCGAGGAGCGAACGCCGCUCAUCGGAGGAGGCGGCCAAAGCGUCCUCGGACAGCCUGGAUAUGGAGGCCCAGCUUCGCCACAGAGUCAAGGAAGUAGUGAAGGCACUUUGGUGUCACCAGUUGGUCCAGAUGAACUACCACCUCCAUAUACCCCGUCAUCGUCGGGGGUCCCCAUGGUCACUUGUCGCGUCUGUCAAGCAAUGAUUGACAUUUCUGGGAAAGUCGACCAGCAUGUAGUCAAGUGCACUCAAUGCAACGAAGCCACACCCAUAAAGAAUGCUCCUCCAGGCAAGAAGUAUGUCCGCUGCCCAUGUAAUUGUCUCCUGAUUUGUAAGAGCUCCUCCCAGCGGAUAGCUUGUCCCCGGCCCAAUUGCAAGAGGAUCAUCAAUUUGUCACCCUCUCCUGUCAACCCGUCUCUGCCCAAUGUGCCGGGAAUGUGCCGCGUCACAUGUGCGCACUGCCAUGACACUUUCAUUUUUAACACUCUUAACAAUGCCCUUGCUAGAUGUCCACAUUGUAGGAAAGUUUCAUCGGUUGGGCCAGAAUUUGCACGAUGCCGAGGGAUUGUAUUUGUAGUCUUCGCCCUGGUUUUCUUGGGCAUAGGAAUUGCUCUUACUGUCACAACUCUCAGUUAUACAGUUAGUUAUCCUGGCAUCUAUGUUGCAUAUAUUGUGGCCUUCCUGGUGUCCCUAAUCCUCUUUUAUCGAACUGUCUACUAUUGUUCCAUGAAGAUCAGUCUCAUUGAGGGACCUCUAUAAAUUUGAUGAAAUUUGGUAAAAUGUAUGUGUUGUCUACCCUUGUUUGUCUGUUACAAAUUCUUUUCAGGUGGUCGGGAGAAGGAAGAUAGACUAGAUAUAUACAUACUUCUAGUGACCAUCAUUGCAUGCAUUGUAGUGUAUGAAUGAACCUUUGGCUUGGAUCAUAUACCGACAAUCUGAACUUGUUUGUCAAGGAAUUGGUGAUCUUGAUAGUCCCAAAUACUUGUUACCUUACUCUUUUUUUCUACAUAGUUUUAACAAAUUCCAGGAUUUUUCUUCUUUUCUUUUACAGAACUUGCAGUUUAGUAACAUGACUUGUGAAACUUUUAUAAUAAUAUCCUUUCAGGAUCACACUUGCCAGUCAAAUCGAAUUUGGUUUCAAUAUCUUCAGUUUUACGUUAUCCUUCUGUAUCCUAAAUACUGAAUUUUGAGGAUUUGAUAAAAGAAUUUGAUGCCAUAUUUAGUAGGCUGGAAAGUGAUUACUGGUCUGUAGUCAGGUUAAGAGUCUUUGAAUUUCCAUAGUUCAGUAGCUGAAUAAUAUCAGAUAUUUAGAAAUUCAGAUAACCUUUAAUAUGAAUGGAUAAUAGAAGGGUAAUCAAGAUUUGACACACAUACUGUGUUGAUAAAGUGAAUGAUUUUGUCUCUUCUGUCAGCUUUCUUUAUCUUACUGUAUCUAUUUAAGAGCAUUUGCCCUAGUCUCAUGAAUGUUAUGAAGACUAGACAUUGUAUAAUGGAUAUUAGAUUCUUUUGCAUAAAUAAUUGAUGUUCACAGUAGAUGGUAAGUAUUAUAUAAUUAUAUUUUAUGUAUAUUAAGGAGACAUCACCAACAAUCUUGAAUGAUCAAAAUGUAGAUCAUGAUACUUUAAGAUGUUGAUAACUUAUGUUGGAAAUAUUAUGAGAGUUUUGAAGUCAUUGUAGGAUAAUUUAAAAUAAGUCUAGAAACCUGUGAUAAGCUAAUGAUCUUAGGAAGCUAUCCCCCCUCUGUAGCGUGAUUAUGCUCAGACAAACCUGAAUUCUUAAACAACUGAAAGCAAUCGAUAUCAUGGAUAUAUAUUUUUAUUGAGAUUGCUUUUAAGGUAUUGGUUUAGAUGUUGAUUUCAUUCUCUCUUCUUUUUUUCUGUUUUUUCUAUUGCUGCUGUUUAAGGAUUUGGCCCUGUGUAUCAUUAUUAGGUAGUACUCAAAGUCGUCUUGUAUGUGCCCGUCCUGUCAUACAAAAAAUAUUUACCAAAACGAAAAUUUUAAAAAGACCAUUUGUAUUACCACUGCAUGGUCAUAUUUUGUAAACAAGCAAGUACUAUGCUUGCAGAUUGAUAAAGUUAUAUAUAUAACAAAAAAAAAAAUAUCAUAAAAUAAAAAGUACAUGUAAGCAAAACAAAGUGUACAAAAUUCUUUUUUCUUUUGCUUUCAAACUUGAGAAUUGAUUUCUGAAUUUAAAUAUUUAGUUGAUCAGGGUUGGUGAUACAGAAGAGGAUACACUAGGCUUCGGGAAAGAUCCAGGCAGUAGACUAGAGAUUUAGCAAGAGAAAGAAAAAUGGAGAAAAGUGUGCAUAUGGCUGGAAUAUGUAUGCAGAACCUCAUUUACUUGUCUCAUGGGGUGAAACUGUUAAGAAAUGAAAAGUUGAAGGGUUCAGGACUAGAAAAGGAAAACAGCCAUAGGAAAAAUGUCAAAAGGAGAAUACCAUUGUUGAAAAUUUUGAAAAAUUAUUAUUCUUCCUGAUCUUUCUCUAAGUAGAAAUGGAUUAGUGGGAGAGUGGAUGAGUUGGCUGAGUGAGCAGGAGAACAAAUGGAGUGUGAGUGUGCGCAUGUGUGUGUGUGUGUGUGUGUGGAUGAAAGAGAGAGGGAGACAUAGAAAGAAUGACUAAAUAAACAGGUGCAUAUGAGGUUUAAAUGGACUCUUUUUCUCAUUGUUAGCCUAAAUAUCUUGAAAGGUUCUAAUUUUCUCUUGACUUCACAGUGCAAAAGAUGUUGAUCAGUAUAUUUCAUUGUGAAUUGUAAAAGGAAUGUUCAUGAAGGCCCUUGAGAAUUGGUCAGUUAGCUCAUUCCACUAUUUUAAUGACAUAUAAUUGAUGAUUAAAUCUGCAUUUAUGUUUAUAUAUAUUUUCUUUUGUAGAUUUUUUUUUAUUUUUCUGUAGCAAUACUAUUAUUUUUGUUUAUAAAUUAUGAGUCGGUACUAUCAGUAUUAUUAUUACUGGUAUUAUUUUUGUUAUUUUUUGUCAGUUUUCAUUUUGUAUUAAUAUUCUUUGUUUGAGAAGGAUUUCAUUUUAUUAUUAUUAUUAUUAUUAUUAUUAUCAUCAUCAUUUUGUCUUCAAAAUCAUCAUUAUUCUCUUGUUACUAUUAAGAAGCUUAGUAGUUGGUAUGUGUAUUUAUCAUUUAUUAUUUAUUUUGCUUAAAGAGAUCCCUCAGAGUAAAAUCUUUCCUAAAUAUAAGUAAAUAAAUAAUGAAAUCCCUGUUUUAACCACAAGAGAAAUCAAUAAGAUAUGUAUUAAAGUCUUAGCUGGCAACAGCAUUGUCUAUUUGAUGUAUCUAACUGUACACUUGAAUUUCUAUCCUAUUUGCUCUUAUGAUUCUUGUAAAUAAAAACAUUUUUAAA